AUGUCGAAAUCCUUCUCCGUCGCCGACGUAGCGACACACAAAGAUGCCGAGAGCGGCAUGUACAUCAUAAUCGACGAGAACGUGUACGAUGUUGCCGGGUUUGUAGACGAACAUCCUGGUGGUGCUAAGAUGUUGAAGCGGGUCGCGGGUAAGGACGCCUCGAAGCAGUUCUGGAAAUACCAUAAUGAGGGGGUGUUGAAGAAGUAUAGUGAGCGGCUUAAGGUUGGCACGGUUGGGGAGAAGGCGAAGCUGUGA